CAUCUUCCAGUAAUUGGCCAAAAUGACCAACACAAAAGGGAAGAGGAGGGGCACCCGCUACAUGUUCUCUAGGCCUUUUAGAAAACAUGGAGUUGUUCCUUUGGCCACAUACAUGCAAAUCUACAAGAAAGGUGAUAUUGUAGAUAUCAAGGGAAUGGGCACUGUACAAAAAGGAACGCCCCACAAAUGUUACCAUGGCAAAACUGGAAGAGUCUACAAUGUUACCCAGCAUGCUGUUGGCAUCAUUGUAAACAAACAAGUUAAGGGCAAGAUUCUUGCCAAGAGAAUUAAUGUGCAUAUCGAGCAUGUUAAGCACUCUAAGAGCCGAGAUAGCUUCCUGAAACGGGUAAAGGAAAAUGAUCAGAAAAAGAAGGAAGCCAAAGAGAAGGGUACUUGGGUUCAGCUGAAGUGCCAGCCUGCUCCACCCAGGGACGCACAUUUCAUAAGAACCAAUGGAAAGGGGCCUGAGCUGCUGGAGCCCAUUCCCUAUGAGCUCAUGGCAUGA